AGCCUGUUGCUAGCUGUCCUAAUCCUCCCCCAUGUGACCCACCCUCUUCCUUCCCACCAAAAUCACAUACCCCUCCUUCCUUUCUAACCUCUAUAUACUCCCACCCUUAUUUCCACCCUCUCUGAUUUCACUGGUUUCAUAUUGUGAAAAUGGCACAAUUGCCGCCUAAAGUGCCAACAAUGGCGAAUAACUGGCCGUCAUUUCCGUACCAGAUGAUGUCAUCUGCUGCUGCACAGGCACCGAAUUGGAUGGAUGAGUUUUUAGAUUUCUCGUCCGCGAGGAGGAACUCGCACCGGAGAUCUGUGAGCGAUCCGAUUGCGUUUGUCGAAUCGCCGUUUAUCGACGAGUGUCGUAAUUCUAGUGGAAACAGUUCGUUGAUACCGUGCUCGAACACUACUGGAUUUGAACGGUUGGAUGAUGAGCAGUUUAGCUCGAUGUUUUCCGAUGACGUUACGACGAAUGUUACGAGAUCGUCGUCGAAUCCGUCAACGCCGUCAGAUCAGAAUAGUGAUAAUGACGGUGACGUUAAACCUACGCUAACGCCGGUGCCGGAUGUUCAGCAGCAUCAGUUGAAGAAUGAGCCUGGAGAGGUGGAAGACGGUGGCGGAUGUCAACCGGAAACCGAAUCGCUUAAACCUAGCUUUAAUUUCUCUAGCGAUGGUAGCACAAUUGUGGAUCCGAAGAGAGUGAAAAGGAUAUUAGCAAAUCGUCAAUCUGCUCAGAGAUCACGAGUGAGAAAGUUGCAGUACAUUUCUGAACUCGAACGCAGUGUUACUACGUUACAGACGGAGGUGUCUGCAUUAUCACCACGAGUGGCGUUUCUGGACCAUCAGAGACUGGUGUUGAACGUCGAUAACAGCGCACUGAAGCAACGCAUAGCGGCGUUAGCUCAGGACAAGAUAUUCAAAGACGCUCAUCAAGAGGCAUUGAAGAAGGAGAUAGAGAGGUUAAGGAAAGUGUAUCAUGAUCAGAACAUGCAAAAGGCGAGUAAUAGUGACGAGGAAGAGAACGGUGGCUCCGGUGGGAACGAGGGUGGCUCCGGCGGGGUGAAUAUGAGUGGUACGGAGGGUGGUGGUGGUGGGAUCUGCUAAAUUGCGCCCAUGCAUGCACGUGAUGUGUUUCCCCGCUUUUCAUGGUGGUGUGAGUGGUCCCCCAUGAUUGGCAUGUGACUUUUAUAAUUUAACAUGGCUCCUACAGCACUUCUUUUUCCUGUUUUGUUUUUGCCAUUUAUUUUUUAUUAAUUUAUUUUUCCAUUUAUCUUUUAGAUUCUUUGGAUUGAAAAUAGUGUGUGGGUAUUUGGAUUCUUUAGGUGUAAGGGCGUUUCUGUAAUUGUGUUGUUUCUUAAGUUUAUAAUUUUUUUAUGUAUUUUGAAGUUGGGCCUAAUUGGGUUAACAACUUUAAUGAAAAUGAUUUGAGUUUUCA